UCAAGGAAUUUCGUGUUUUAAAAAAUAAAGGGUCUCUGCCAUCUAAGAAUAAACUGUUGCAUCUGAAUCCAUUUCUCGAUGAUUCUGGCCUAAUUCGAGUAGGAGGCAGGCUGUGCAAUGCGAAUUAUGAUUACGACACUAAACAUCCAAUUCUGCUAGACGCGUCUCAUCCCAUCACUAAAUUAAUCUUUAAAAAUUAUCAUCGACUUUUAUUACAUGCAGGACCUCAGCUGUUAUUGUCAACCUUGCGUCAUAAAUAUUGGAUCAUCAACGGCCGAAAUCUUGCAAGAAAAACAGUUCAUGAGUGUAUUACUUGCUGUAGGUUCUCAGAAAAAACAUUUCAGCCCAUUAUGGGGAAUCUUCCUAAAGCAAGACUCGAGGCAGAUCAUCCAUUCUGCCACACGGCGGUAGACUACGCUGGACCGAUAAUGAUAGCAAACAGGAAAGGUAGAGGGUGUAAGCUCAUUAAGGCUUACAUCUGUGUAUUUGUAUGUCUCACAGUCAAGGCAGUGCAUCUGGAACUUGUCACAGAUUUGUCUGCUAAAUGUUUCAUUUCAGCAUUAAACAGGUUUGUGGCCCGGCGAGGUAAGCCUUCCAACAUAUAUUCCGACAACGGCACGAACUUUGUAGGAGCUAAUCACGAAUUAAGAGCCUUUUUGAAACAAUGUAAAAAGGAUGUAAUAUCCUAUUCAGCAGAAACUGAGAUAAAGUUUCACUUCAGUCCAGCAUACAGUCCUCAUUUCAACGGCAUGGCGGAGGGUUCGGUAAAGUCCAUAAAACAUCAUUUGAAACGAGUGCUUGGCCUAGCACACUUAGACUUCGAGGAAAUGUAUACUGUGUUAGUUCAAAUAGAAGGAAUCCUAAACUCAAGGCCUAUCACCCCCUUAUCUUCGGAUCCCUCUGAUCUCAUCCCUCUCACUCCUUCCCACUUCUUAAUCGGACGGACAUGCACGAUGCUACCGGCUGCCCCGGUGGAAGACAAGCCAAUUUCAUCACUAACAAGAUUUAAGAGGAUCGAACAACUCAAGGCACAUUUUUGGAACCGUUUCUACAAGGAAUACAUAUCCGAGCUCCAGCAGAGGAACAAAUGGCGCACAAUUGGAGAGCAGCCACAAACAGGGGAACUUGUGCUAGUGAAGGACGAUCGACUACCCCCAAAUCGAUGGCUGCUAGGCAGAGUCACUGCAGUAUACCCCGGCACGGACGGGGUCAAUAGAGUGGCAGAUGUGAUCACGAGGGCCGGGACGCUCAGAAGAGCGUACAACCGGUUGUGCCCUCUUCCACUCUUGGAACAGACCGUUCCAAGGGGGGGACCAUGUUGAAGACAGACAUUAUUACGAGCGUCGGGCUCUAUGCCCGGCGCUUCAGCUGAAGAAGAAAUACUUAUGUCAAUCACAUACAAAAUAACAACACGAAGAAAUUCAUACCACAUUUUAUUAAUUACUAAUUCUAAUACAUAAUUCUUAUAUCUCAUAUCUUGUAAAGUACUAUUCAAUAUA